GUCCAUUCUCAUUAUGAUGGCUGCCGCCGGCGUGAUGGCGGAGGUGGGCGACGGGAACUACCACCUGAUAUGCUCCGAUGGCGGCGGCGGAGAUGUGGAAACGGCGGUGCAGCUAAAGCAGUCUCUCACCUACGACUUGAUCAACAUAGUGCCGAGCGGUGGAGAUAUGGAAGGGCAGCCCUACUGCAGCUGGCGGAAGUGGAACGGACUGCAAAUGUACGGGUUCGCCUACUGCGCGAUGUCCGACAUGAACGACGCCGUCGCAGCAUGCCACGGUUGCCUGUCCAUCGCCGGCGGUAUAUUGAUCGACGGUUGCAAAAGUACCGGGUCGGGUCACGUGAUUGGCGAGCAUGACAGGUGUUAUAUCUGGGUCGGGUUCGGCGGAUGCCCCGCCGGUUAAUUAUAUCAAGGAUUGAAAAAUCGUAUCAUACAAUCGGUUCGAUUAGAAGCGCGAAAUUGGGAGACGUGAUAGUUAGCGCGGUAUGAAACGGUUGAACAACAACAACUAAACCACAAUUUCAGCAUAAAAUAGCCUGCUCUUGACUUUUUUCGAUACAACUUCCGAUACUGUUUCUCAUUGUCGGUUAAUAUGAACUUUUUGCGACGGGUGUCACGCGUGCUUAAUAACAAACUCGAUGCAAGGGAUAGAGGGAUUUUUUGCGACCGGUCAGUUGGUCGCCAAAACCUUUUCUCCUUGUCGCGACACUUUUUUUUCCUUUCUUUUUUCUUCUCUGGAGUGAGCCUGUGGUGUAUCACCUUAGCGCUCAGAGUUUGUGGAUUAAGAUAUUCUCAAUAAGAAUUUCGUGCUGAUAUUAGAUAUCAUGAUCCCAAUCCUUUUCUAAUUAAAAUAUUGUCUGCUUUAAUUCUGGUAGCACGUAGGUUUUAUCUUUGAGUGUAUUAUGGUGGCUUCUUAAGAGCUCACUCACCCUUGCACUGCUCCAUUCAACAUCCGAUUUCAUCCGUGUCUGCUCUCACACACACUUGUGAACUCGCCCUCUAUGUUGUCAUUGCCUGAAAAUCAUCAAAGUAGACUCCAAAUGACAUCAAAUAUAUGGAGAAACCGAUACUGGCGGUGUCAAAAGUGGGAAACUAAAUAUGACGAAAUUAAUUAAACGUUAUAGAAUAACUAAUGGUGCAUAACAAAAUUCAUCAAGCUCAAAGGACGGGCACAAAACUAGUAGAAAGAGAAUAAAAAAAAUAUAUAUACGUAUACGGUUUUGUAAUGUUUAUACUUAGCCACAUUCGAACAUAAAAUCAGAGUGUGUGAUUUAUUUUCGAUAUCAUGACAAGAAUUAUCAAAACGUCUCCUUUCAAUUCAAAAGUUGUUAAGGUGAGAUUCGAAAUUCGGCUAGGUGUAAGUUUACCACAUUCGUAUAGUUAGAGUUGGACGCAUCUACUCUCCUUUCGGCCUACGGCUAUAAGAUAACAGAGACGAACACUAAGUCUAAGCUCCAAUAGAAGUUGUCGACGAAACUAGGAAUCCACCCGGCCACCACCACCAACGUCCGUACUUACGUGAUGAAUUCUGAAGGUGGGAUAUAUAAGAAAAGAAAUAAUACAGCCCAAACAGAUCGUUAAGCAGAGAGUACCGGGAACUACCUAGCCGAACGCAAAGAAAGGGCAUAUACUUGGUCGCCCUCUGUAACUAGGGCUGUCAAUUUGGUUUGGUUUGGUUUGGUUUGGUUAACUAAAUCAUUAAGUAUGAAAAACUAAAUCCUCAAAAACCAAAAUCAAAACCAUUAAGGCCUUUAUUGGUUUUCGGUUGCCAAAAAUCAAUAGGGGCUUUAAUGGUUUUAUUUUUGGUUUGGAUAACAUAAAAACCAAGAUGUACUCAUACACUCAUAUUUAUUCCCAUUUCCCUCCUUUUUAUUGAAUAAAUGUCAUAAUAAUGG